CCCGCUGCUGUGGGCGGGCGCGUGAGCGCGUGCGGCGUUGCAUCGCGCUGGGAGGCGGCACGUGGCGCCGCGCCCCGCGAGGCGGAGGGACGGCGGCGGCGGCGGUGUCUGCGGUGGGGGCACGGCGAGGCGAGCUGGCAAGUGGUGUGGGAGAAGAAUGUUAACCACAUGGCCUUAGCAGCAUAUUCUGCUUUCUGAUUGCUUUCAUUAAAGAAAAAUCCCUCUUUGAGGGAGGAAGGAAGACUGUGAAAAUAUAGAACGUCACACCCCAUCUUAAAAAAGAGCAUUCAAUUUGGAAUGUGGGGCAAACAUAUUCAUCAGUGAGCUUCAUCUGUGAAGUCAGAGUGAAGCAAGAAAGUACAGUCUUUCUCUAGAUGGUGAAUUUUAGGUGAAGCGCUUUUUGGUUUGAACUCCUUUGGGAUGUGAACUGCUUACCAUCGCGGAUCUUUGGAGAAGAUCAAGUCUGGAGUUUCUCUGACUUCAUCUGAAAUUGUAGGGAUGAUCAAUUUAUUUAAGAAACCUUACAAGAAAAAAGCAGGCAAGUUCCAGCCUUUCAAGAAGUUAUUUGGGAAACGAAAGAAAAGGGAGCCUGUGUCAGAUUGCGAGGAAACCAAACUGAAGCCGAGCCACUCCUUUGGAAAUGUCUGCAAUGGUACCUUCUCCUCUGAUGAAGAGCCAAACACUGGGCUGAGGUCUUCCCAUUAUUCUAUGGGCAGUCGAGCUUUUUCCCAUGACAGUAUUUUUAUACCUGAUGGGAGAACAGAGAGUGAACAGGCCAUCCAAGCAAUGUCACAAGAGAACGUUUUAGGAAAAGUCAAAACUCUUCAGCAACAGUUGGCCAAGAAUAUAAAAUUUGGGCAGCCUCCGCAAAUGACAAUUUCUGGGAGGACAAUGGGGGAGGCAAAUGCUAGUGUAGAAGAGGAUGUGUUUCUCGGUAGCCUCAUGGAGGUUGACUCUCAGCAGGACACGGUGCUCUCAGAGAGUGGUAAUAAACCAGCAGACACUCCAGAUCUGUUGAGACCAAUGGAUUUGCCUGGAACGGGACAAAUGGAAGAAAAGGUAACUCCAGUCAAGUCAUCCCGGCCAAAAAGACAAUUCUCCUGUUCUGGCACAAUUGAAACAAUCAAUCUGGAUGCAGUUCCCCAGGCUGUUGCUCGUCUAGACAACAGUGCAGCUAAACACAAACUGUCCGUGAAGCCAAAAAAGCAGAGAAUGUCCAGAAAACACAAGAGAUUAACAAAGGGAUCACAAAGCUUAACGAUAACAGAAUUUGAGCCAGAGGAUCUAGAGACUGAGCUGUUUGUAGACAGAUAUCCAGGUUAUAACGGACACAUCACUGCAGACAAACUAAUCCAGAACAGAGAUGAGCCAAAGCAGCUUCAGCUGGCAGAGGAGAAAAGAAUUGAAGAUCACUGGGGGAUCCUUGAAGCUGAAAAGAUAAGGCAGAUUGUAGAAAUGGAUGAACAGAGAGAACUGGAAGAACAAAGGUGCCAAGAGCUGGAGGAGCAGAUGCAAAAAGAGCAAGAGAGAAGGGACAAUGAAAAAGAGAGUAGUCAGUAUCUCCUCGAAGGAGACAUAUCGUCAAAAACUGAACUGCAAACCUGCCAGGAAGAGGAGAGAAGACUGCUGGAGGCAGAGAAGAGGCAAGACCUGGAGGACCAGACAUGCCAGGAACUGGAAGAGCAGAGACAGAAGGAGUUGGAGGAGCAACAGAGAGAAGAGCUGGAGCAGCAGAAGUGCGAGGAAUGGAACAAGCAACAGAGACAGGAACUGGAAGAAUAUAAGGACCAGGAAUGGGAAAAACAACAGAGACAGGAGCUGGAGGAACAGAAGUGUCAGGAACACAGACAAGAGCUGGAGAAGAACUGGGAACAGGAGGAGCAAAGGCAAGAGCUGGAGGAGCAGAAAUGCCAGGAACAGGAACAACAGAGACAGAAGCUGGAGGAACAGAGGCGUUGGGAACUGGAGGAGCAGAAGAAGCAAGAGCUAGAGGAGCAGAAACACCAGGAAUUGGAGGAGCUGGAGGAGCAACAGAGGAACGAGCUGGAGGAACAGAAGAAGCUAGAGCUGGAAGAACUGACACAACAUGAGACUGAGAAAUGGUGUCAGGAGGAAGAGGAAAGAAACCAGAUGGAGGAACAAAAAGAACUGAUGGAACAAAAUAAGGAAGAAAAAGAGAGACGAGAACUAGAAGAGAAGGAGCUUCCAGAAGCUGAAAUGAAACUGAAGCAAGAGAAAGAGUUUGAGGUACCCAGCCAACAGAAGGAAGAGGAGGAAGAAAGACAGCAUUUGAAGGAGAGAGAAAAGACAGAGGAAGAGCAACCCCAGCAGCUUCUGGAGAAGAAACAGAGGCGGGAAGAGCCGAGAAAACAUAAACUCACCAAACAAAUGCACUUGGAAAGUACAGACUUUGUGCAACAAGAUGAACUGAAACAGCAAAAGGAACAAGAGUGGAACAAGCUGGAAGAGCAGAAAAUAGACACAGAAGGGCAAAAUCUUCCUCAAAAGCAACAGGAAAAAUCCUUGGAGCAGCAAAAUGACAAGAAUGAGCUGUGUUCUGUGGGGGCUGAUAGGAAUCAAGGAGAUGACAAACUCCAGGAAAGACCAAGACCGCAAAAAAUCAAACAGCCAGAAAAAGGGAGUAAAACAGUAGAAGAAAUCCUGGCCCAGAAACUGAAGAGAGAAGUUGAUGCUCAAGAACAAAAGCGAAUAGGGGAAGAACUCAGGUGGCAGGAGGUAGAUGAAAGACAAACUGCAUCCAGACCCUUCACAUUUCAAGUGUCUUCUGGAGAUAAACAGAUCAUAUUUCAGAAAGUAAAUCUGAGUCCAGUCAUGCCUGCCAGAGGAGCAGGACUAUCUUCUCCAUCCGUCAAAGAUAGCACGAUGCACACCUCCAGCAAGGGCUCUCAUACGCUCCCAUCAUCUGUGUGUGUACCCCAUACAGCUAUUCUGGUUACUGGAGCACAGCUGUGUGGCACAGCAGUUAACCUGAACCAGAUAAAGGACACAGCUUGUAAAUCAUUGCUUGGCUUAACAGAAGAGAAAAAAAAUGUGGAUAUUCCUUCACCAGAAAAGGUCCAGAAAAAAUCUCCAGGUCCCAAACCCAGCAGCAGUAAAAUCAAAUACACACAAGAGGCAUUGGACCAAGCCACGUUAGCUGAGUGGGCCUCUAUCCGUUCUAGAAUCUUAAAGAAUAAAGAAAAUGGCAAAUACAAUGAGAAAGACAGAGUAAGUGCCUGCAGACACAGCGAUGACUGGACGCCCCGGGGACGAGGUUCUCCCCAUGGUAACUUGAGGAAAACCCUAUCUGCAAAUGCAAAGUUCUCAAUAACACCAGCGUGGCAGAAAUUUUCAGAAGCUUCCAAAACCAAUUCAGGCACUGAGAAUGUAAGUGCAGCAAAAUGCAAUGAAAAAGUGGCUGUGGGAAGAAACAUUGGGUCAUGCACUGAUGCAAAUGAGGAUGUAGUAUCCGCUUUAAAGGAUAACUUAUCUGAAAUGGCUAAAGAGAAAAUAGAAACACACAGUGAAAUUACAGACAACACAGAAGGUUGUAAAUUUGCAAAAGAUCUUCCAUCUUUUCUUGUUCCAAGUUUUCCUCGUUCUCCAGGUAAGGAGGUACCCCAGUCUGAACUUCCAGGUGCUCUGGAAAAUCAGCAGAACAACAGCACCAAAAAAACAGAUAAACCAGCACCAAAUGGAGAAGAAAAUGUUUCUCCCUUUGGGAUAAAGUUACGGAGGACAAACUAUUCUUUACGUUUCCAUUAUGAUCAACAGGCAGAGCAGAGGAAAAAGAAAAGGUACAGUGCAGGAGACAGUUUUGAUGGUGUGCCUGACCCACUACUCACAGCUGAUGGUGAACAGGAAUCUGCUGUUCUUGCUACACAGGAGAGUACAUCCCCUGGUAUAGGGAAAGCAAACGUCCAUGGGAAUUUAAAAGACUCAAAAGAUUCUUCAUUUACUAUGUUGGAGACUUCACAACAAGUGGGCACACCACUGCCAGCCACCAGCCAGAGCGCUUUACCUCCUCAUGAGAAACCAGCAUGCAAGUCGCUCUUCCCACAGAAACCUGCCUUAGCUCCAAAGCCUGCCAGCCAAACGCCUCCAUCAUCUCCUCUCUCGAAAAUGAACCGAUCACACCUGGCUGAUACACUGGGGCAGAGGUUUGUUAGGGCUGAAUCGGAUGGGGGCUGGAGAAAAGAUGACAGAGCAGUGCCUCCGGUGGCACCGAAUGAGAGCAAAAAUGAAGAGGAAGAAAUCAGAGAAAAGAAGUCGUUUUUCCCAUCUCUGAGUAUUCCCUGGAGAGAAAAAAAUGACAAAAAGCCUGAGCCAUUGAAGAAAGAAAAACCAGUCCUGCAGAGCAGACACUCUUUGGAUGGCUCUAAAUUGAUGGAAAAAGUUGAAACUUCACAACCACUAUGGAUCACAUUAGCGCUGCAAAAACAGAAGGGAUUUCGUGAGCAACAAGCUACUAGGGAAGAGAGGAGACAAGCCAGAGAGGCAAAGCAAGCAGAGAAGCUGGCUAAAGAAAAUGCUGCUGUAAGCAAUCAAUCAGAUAAUAAAAGCAGCAGCAGCAAAACGAGCACACUGCAGAAAUCUACACCUCAAGAAGGGGAGAAGAAAAUUGAGACGGCUGUGUCAAGACUAGAACGAAGGGAGCAGCUGAAGAAGUCUAACACCCUUCCAACUUCUGUGACAGUGGAAAUUUCAGAUUCUGUUUCACCAACACCACUGGCAAAAGAGGUGGCCAAGAGAUUCUCCACACCUGAUGCGAACCCUGUGUCAACAGAACCAGCCUGGCUUGCACUGGCCAAGAGGAAAGCAAAAGCCUGGAGUGACUGUCCACAGAUCAUAAAGUAAACUGUAAAAUUAUAUCUCUAUUGCUGCCUAUUAACUGCUUUCUUUUUAUUUAUUCAGCUUUUAAACACAUGACAAAACUGAAAAUGCAUGUAUUGGAGGACUGGAAACUGAAUCGAUUACCAUUUUGCUCUAGCUCACUGUAAAGCCUAUUCAAGUCAUAUAUUCCAUUGCUUUGACAAAUAGCUAAGUGAGGUCACAAAUUUCAGAGCCAGUCUCUCUCAAAAGUUCAAAAAUGCUCAGAUACUGGAUGUAAAUGUUAGCAAGUAUCAUAACAAGGGGCAGAACUUCAGUAGCUCCUUAAAUUCUCUUGAAUUUGGUUCUGGAGUUUUAGAUCUCUACAGUUAAGUGGAAAUGUCAGAAAAGUUCUUCAGCAGUCCAUUGCUGAAAAUCAAUGCAAGAUGCAUGUUCCCUUCUCUUCUAAAUUUUCUCAAGCGUUAAACUGUAUGAACUGUCAGUAGUUCUACCUGCUAUUUAGAAGUGUCUUACCUAAUGAAGAACCUUGGUAGACUUCUGUUCACCUGCAAUAGGAAAGGUGGUUCGAAUGCUGAAGUUUUUUUUUUUAUUGUAGGGAUACUGUGUUAAUAUUCUCUUAGUCCUAAGAAAACAAUUCAUCCAACUUUGCAAAAAAAAAAUUACUAAUUAAGCCGAAGUCGGCAAGUUUUUAGAAAGAAGCCUCUGCUCUGCAACGACCUGAAAGGAGGUGGCAGCAAUGAAUGUCACUCCUUUCUCAGGUGACAAGUGGUAGAAGGUGACAAAGCAGUCUCAAGGUGCGCUGGGGAGGCUUAGCUUGGAUUUUAGGAAGAAUGUUCCACAGAAUGGGCUGUCCUGGGAAGCGGUGGAGUUCCUGCUGCUGGAGCCAUCUAUGGGAUGUGUGCACAUGGCAGUAAGUGACAUGGCUUGGUGAUGGGCCUUUGUAGGUCAGGCUGAUGGUUGGACUUCAUGGUCUUGAACGUUGUUUCCAACUUAGGUGAUUCCACAGACCAGGGAGUCAGUAUUUACUGUAGUCAUUUAAAUGCAUCACUGUGUGCUUGGCCACAUUUAACAUGCAGAGACAGCAACUGCAGACUAAAACUUUAAAUUCUGUGACUGGGACUAAAGUAAGUAAAACUAUUCCUGUGCUCCUAUACUUACAGAGUUGGUCUCAGGAAGUUCCCACAGGAGCAAGACCGCAUAACUGAAGUUAAAGUUAACUGAGACCUGAAAGCUAGGUCAAUGAGCAUCUCUAGAGUUUCAGCUCUGCAUUUCUCCUGGUUUUACUUCACAUGCAACUUUAGGUAUUUCAGGUCAAUUCCUGCACUUUGACCAAUACAGACAGCACACUUUGAAAAGGUUUACUUACCAUCCUUAAGUGAGCACUGACUUACUGCCCACAGUUCACUUACCUGCUGUGGCAGAUACUUUAUUACUUCUCUGUACCUAAAACAGUGGUGUUUACUCCCUUCCUCUUGCAAAAAAAGGAUAAAGUCCAUAAUAUAAUAAAAAUUUUAUUAUCCUUAAAUAUCCCAUGGAAAUAUCUAUGUCUGUGUUUUUAAAAGUCACCCUAGUUAACAAACCUGUAACAUGCCCAACAAGGUUUUACAAGGCCGUAUUCAACAAAUUUGAUCUCUUAGUAAUGGUAAGGCUCAGAGGCACUUUAGGCCUAAUGCAUGAUAAAGAGUGAUAAUUUUGAUGGAAAGAAGUUGUAUCAUUAUAGAAUGAUACCAUGUGCAUUUCAUGGAAAUACUUUAGCCAAACUGCUGUAUGCAGCAUGAGCAGCAGCACUUUAAAUUAUGCAGAAAACAGAAUGAAAUCUGCCAUGAAUUCCCAUCCCAAGAAUCAAAAAGGGCUCGAUGGUAAAAUUGUUACUGAAUACCCUGUUUCCCAUCAAACAGAAAGUAGCAAAGGUUUGCUACUGUGGUUACAACAGCACAAACACCUGGGACAUGGUAGAUGGAGAUGAUGAGAACACAGCAAGACUGUUUUUUUGAGUCUCCUAAGCCAUCACUUUUGCUCAUUUUCAUAUUUAAAACCCAAACCUGUGAAGUAAUAUUUUUUCCAUUAAUGUAAGUAUUUAGAAUGUUUUAUACAGAGAUGAGGCAAUGCUGUUCUCAAACAUUCAGAAAAAAAAAACCACUUACUGCUAAAUAGUAAAAUCUCUGCAAAGAAUUUUCUGAGGAAAGAAUCUGGCCCAUAAUUAUUUCUGCUCUGCUAGCAGCAUGAAUUACUACUUCUUAAAUCUAUUCUUUUUGUGAAUUUUGUAAGCCUGCAAUAUGUAUUUAUAGUUACAAGAACUAAACUGCCUGAAAUCUGUCUUUAGGACUAUUCCUUGGGAUAGGGAUACAGGUUUAAUACAGAGAAGGUGAAGUAAAUCAGGAUUGAAGUAUUCCAGACAGCAUAGCAUAAUGAGGUGCUAUUGUGCAUGACAUAACGAUGCAAUUUUCCAAUACAAUACACUUAAAGCACAUAGAACAGAGCUUUUGUUAAGGAAAGUCUUAAGCUAAAGCUUCAAACCAGAUUGUUUUUUCAACCAUAAAGGUAUCUAGUGUAAUAAUGGAGUCUGUAUUACGUACAGAACCUGAUGGAAACAUUUCUAAAACAUACAUGUUCAACAGUGACAUUUCAUGAUAAACUAACAAAAUUUGCACUAAAUACCAAUGAAGUGAAGUGUUACUUUGCUUUAGCUUUGUUGCAGCUGUUUCUGAUAAAGUGUUGGAAAUCUGUUUAAAAACAACAACAACGCAACAACAAAUAAAACCCAACCACCACAAACCAUUACUUCUGACUUUAAAACACAAAAAUGUUUUAAAAACCAAACAAACCACUAUGUAGUAUAUUGUUUCAAUUUUUGUAACUUAUACACAUUAAUAGCAUUUCUUCUGACCAGGUUAUAUAUGAUUAACCUCUAUGUUCAUAUAGUAAUGUAUAAAAAAACUAUAAGAUGUAUAAUUGUGGGGUAUUUGUUGUGUACUUUUUUAAUUUUUCAAAUGUUUUAAAGUGCAAUUGUUUAUUAUACUAAUGUCAUUUUAAUUCUAAUUAAACUAUAACCCAGUCAAAAUUA